CUAUAAUGAUAACCCUAUCGAAUGUUGCUACUGUCUUGAUGUGGGACGUUAGUGGCAAGGAUAUUAACUCGAUGUGUUACAGUAUUUAUCUAUCCCGGUUCGUCCACGUAUUAUGAGUUAAUAAUUAUUAGUACUUUAAUUCAUAAAAUUAAGUAUUUUUAUUUAAUUAAUUCCUUUACCAAAAAAAUGUCAAUAAGCAAAAUUACAAACUGUUUACCAAAAACUAGAGUAUAAUCCAAAUUUGUUAAACCAUUCUAAAACUAAAACAACUGUUAACAACUAUUAUUUAUUGAAUGAAGAUAUUUAAUCUAUAAUUAAUCUAUAUUUUUUUAUGAUGGCUCUUAAAAAAGUUAGAGGUAAUAUUGAGAGGAUGUUUGACAAAAAUCUUACAGAUCUUGUACGUGGUAUUCGUAAUAGCAAAGAAAAUGAGGCCAAGUACAUUGCUCAGUGUAUGGAAGAAAUUAAACAAGAGUUACGACAGGAAAAUAUUGCAGUUAAAGCUACUGCUGUGGCCAAACUUACAUAUCUACAAAUGUUGGGUUAUGAUAUUAGCUGGGCUGGAUUUAACAUUAUUGAAGUCAUGAGUUCCUCAAAAUUUACAUAUAAAAGAAUUGGGUAUCUUGCAUCAUCACAGAGCUUUCAUAGUGAAACAGAUUUAUUAAUGCUUACAACUAAUAUGAUUCGAAAAGACUUAAAUAGUCAAAAUCAAUAUGAUGCUGGUGUUGCAUUAUCAGCUUUAGCAUGUUUUAUAAGUCCAGAUUUGGCAAGAGAUUUAGCUAAUGAUAUUAUGACACUGUUAACAUCAACAAAGCCAUAUUUAAGAAAAAAAGCUGUACUUAUGAUGUAUAAAGUUUUUCUUCGUUUUCCUGAAGCUUUACGGCCAGCUUUUCCACGACUUAAAGAUAAAUUAGAAGAUAUGGAUUGUGGAGUACAAUCAGCUGCCGUUAAUGUAGUUUGUGAAUUGGCCAGAAAAAAUCCUAAAAAUUAUUUGAGUUUAGCCCCAGUUUUCUUUAAACUCAUGACUUCAUCUACAAAUAAUUGGAUGUUGAUAAAAAUUAUUAAAUUGUUUGGUGCAUUAACUCCAUUAGAACCACGUCUUGGUAAGAAAUUAAUAGAACCGCUUACCAAUUUAAUACACAGCACCUCUGCCAUGUCUUUAUUGUAUGAAUGUAUCAAUACUGUUAUUGCUGUGCUUAUAUCUAUAUCUUCUGGAAUGCCAAACCACAAUGCUUCCAUUCAAUUGUGUGUUCAAAAACUGAGAAUAUUAAUUGAAGAUUCAGACCAAAAUUUGAAAUAUUUAGGUUUAUUGGCAAUGUCAAAAAUAUUGAAGUCACAUCCAAAGUCUGUUCAAUCUCAUAAAGAUCUGAUAAUGAUUUGUUUGGAUGAUAAAGACGAAUCUAUUAGGCUCAGAGCUUUAGAUUUACUAUACGGGAUGGUAUCUAAAAAAAAUUUAAUGGAAAUUGUCAAAAAACUUAUGGUUCACAUGGAAAAAGCCGAAGGUACAGUGUAUCGUGAUGAAUUACUCGUAAAAAUAAUUGAUAUUUGUUCACAAGAUAAUUAUCAUUUUAUAACUAGUUUUGAAUGGUAUGUUAGUAUAUUAGUUGAAUUAGCAAGAGUGGAAGGAAUGAAACAUGGACCUCUUUUAGCUCAUCAAAUGUUAGAUGUUGCUGUUAGAGUUAAAGCUAUAAGACCUUUUGCUGUUAGUCAAAUGUCACUAUUACUUACAAAUGCCCAUAUGUUUAUGCAACCAUCAGGUGGUUCAAAUAUGUCUAAUGUACUUUAUGCAGCAGCAUGGAUUUGUGGCGAAUAUGCUAUUGAGCUGGAAAAGCCUGAAGAAACUUUAUUUUCAAUGCUCACUGGUAAAGUUCAUUCAUUACCUGGUCAUGUACAAGCUGCUUAUGUUCAGAAUAUAAUGAAAGUGUUAGCUGUUAUUCUUUUAAGAGAUGAUAAAUUACUAUCUAUUAAGAUUUGUAAAAGAGUGUCAGAUAAAAUAGCACAAUAUGUGUCUAGUGGUGAUCUUGAAGUUCAAGAACGAGCUAGUGCUGCAUUACAACUUGUAAGUUUUGUUCAUAAAGAGCUAGAAAGUGGUGAUGAUGAAGAAAUAUGUCUUCAAGUAGCUUCUCUAUUUAGUGGAGAAUUAAAUCCAGUUGCUCCUAAAGCUCAACGCAAAGUUCAAAUUCCAGAAGGGUUGGAUUUGGAUCAAUGGAUCAAUGAACCUUUGCACAGUUCUUCAGAAAGUGAAGAUGAAAAUCAUUCAGAUGAACAUUCUAACUUUUUCAAUUUAAGUGGUUUUGAUAAAAAAGAUAAUGAAGACAAUGUUAAUAACUCAUUAGAGUACUCUGAGCAGAGUAGAAAAGCUCGUCUUCAAGAACAAGAAAAUAAUCCUAAUUAUUUAAAAUUAAACUUAUGUAAUGAUAAUACUUGUGACAUUCCAAUUGCAACUAUAAACCUUCCUACACCAUUAAAUAUAUCAGGGUUUGUUUCAUCUGAUAAAUUUUUGAAAGCUAAAAAAUCUAAAAAAGAUAAGAAAAAAUCAAAAAAAAAGAGAAAAGAAUUAGUUGAAGAAGAAAAUGAAGUCUCAGAAAUUGAAAUGGUGGUGAAUAGAGAUAUUGGUGAAAUGCCUGAAGGCGUUGAAGAUUCUGAUGGAGAAAAUGAUAUUGUAAAAGAUGUAAGUGAUCCUCAUACUGCCCUUGAUAUUGAUUUAGAAGUUCCUCUUAUAAUUGAUGAUCCUCCUAUACCUGAAGAAAAAAAAAAUAAGAAAAAGAAAAAAGAAAAGAAAAAAAAAAUUGAAAAAUCAAAAAAAUCUAAAAAGGGAAUUAAACAAGAUGAACAAUUGAUUGAGAUAAAACAAGGUUAUGAAGAAGCUUUAGGUAUUUGUACUCCAUCUAAAGAAAUUGUUCAAGCUGAAGAUUUAUCUUUUAAUAAAUUAGCUGUUGAUAAAUACUUACUAUUAGAAUAUAAAAUAGAUCCAAAAAAUGAAAUACGCAAUUUGGCCACAGUUUUUUUCCGUUUAACAAAUUUGAGUAGCAAUUGUUUGAUCAAAAAUGUUGAAUUAGAUAUCAAUAACUCCAAUGCUAUUCAAUUUAUAGAUCAUAAAAAUGAAUCUUUAUUGUGGUAUAAAUUAGCAAGUAGUGUACAGACAGGUUCAUCAGUUGACUUCUUUUUACUUUUAAAAGUUGAAAAUGUAACUGUACAAAAUAUUCUACGUGGAACACUAACAUACAUGGCCCAGAUGUUUCAAGAUGAAAGUUUUUUUCAAAAUAAAUUAGAUUGGCGGUUAAAGGUGGCUGUUUCUGAUAUGUUUCUUAAGGCAGCUCCUAAUGUACCCCUAGUAGAAUUACUGUGUAACGGUCAACUGAUUUUUAAAUCAUCUGUGUUCUUAACUGGAUCUAACUUCAAUCAAAUUAUUAAUUGGUUUUCUACUAAGCUGCACUUAGUACUUGUGGAACGUGUUGGAGAAACUGCAUCACUUUAUAGUUCAACAGCAUCUAAUGAACAACUUUGCCUGUUAGUCAAGUCAAUUGCAAAUAAUGUAUCAGUAGAAGCUAAAUGUACAUCCCAAACAUUAGUUGAUAAUUUAAUGAAUGAAAUUAAAACCACUUAUAAUGUUUAGUUAAAAUUUAUAAAAAGUGUAUUCUUUAUUAAAAUGUGUAUUUUAAUUACAGCAUCUAUAAAAAUAUUGAUGCCUUAUUCUAUUGUGGUAAAUUAUAUAAAUUAUUACAAUUUAAGAAAAUCAAUUGUUUUUAGAGAAUCUAUUUAUAUUAUUUGUUAAACAAUCUUAUUAUUUUCUUUAUGUUAAAACUAUUUUAAUUUAUA